AUGGCGAAAAUAAUAACAGAUAAUAUGAAAGUGCCUGUUAUUAAAAUGACUUUUUUGUCAUUUUAUUUUGUUGUUCUAUUGACAAAUAUGUAUGCAUACUGCUACUCAGCUGAAAGACUGAUGACGGAGAGCACCAAAAUGACAUACGGCGUGUAUGAAUGCAAGUGGUAUGACAUACCACCGAAAGACGCAAAAGACUUAAUGUUCAUUGUAUAUCGAUCUAGGAUUCCCCUUAGAUUGACGAUUGGAAAAUUCGGAAUAUUUUCGUUAGAAAUGUUCGGAACAGUUCUGAAAACAUCAAUGGGAUACCUAUCGGCAUUGUUAGCAGUAAGAGAUUAA